AUGUACACGAUCUCAAAGGGGCCCAGCAAGCUGGUCGCGCAACGCCGCACAGGGCCCCCGCAGCAGCAGGUGGAGAGCAGGCUUAGCGACUUCCUUAAAUGCCGGCAACCGGCCCAGCCAACACCACCGCCCCCUCGGGCGCAGCCCUUCGCGCAGCCGCCGGGACCCUGGCCCCAGUUAAGCUCAGGGCCGCGACUGGUAUUCAACCGGGUGAAUGGCCGUCGGCCCCCUGCCAGGUCCCCAUCCCUCGAAGGGGUCCAGGAGACCUACACACCGGCCCACGAAGAAAACGUCCGCUUUGUGUCCGAAGCCUGGCAGCAGGUGGAGAAGCAACUGGACGAUGGCCUGGCCGGUGACAGUGGGCAAAAACCUGUGCAGUAUGAGGAGAGGACACCCAAUCCCAAACUACAGAACUUUGUGCCCAUUGACCUGGAUGAGUGGUGGGCUCAGCAGUUCCUGGCUCGGAUCACCAACUGCUCCUAG